AUGCCGGUUUGCUGUAUCCCGAGCCCCACCAUCUCUCCCGGCUUCAAGGACCCGAACUUUAUCACGCUUGCAGAAGACAUUGAGAGCAUGUAUCGGUCCAUUAUUCACAGGAAUCAAGGGGGUUCGCAGGACGCAAAGGACAUCGAUUCCGAAGUCAAGGCCCUAGCAGGAGAGCGCGUCAAGCUCGAAUUCCUUGCAAGACUGCUCUUCCUGCAACUUCUCCUCCAGAACAAACCUGAUUUGGAGCCACAGCAGUUUUUUCGUGAGCAGACAACCGGAGGUGCAGCAACUAUUGCCAGGCUUGUCAGCAAGUUGCAGGUGUACGACAACCGCGCGAUUCGUGACAUGCUCCGUGAGACCCAGAUCAAUCUCCACACACUUCUUGUCCCCAGACGACUUGGGCUAGUGAUUGCUCUGGAUGAGGCUCAAGUUGCGGCUACUGGAAUCUUGUCCGAAAAGCUCAUCUCGCCAUCCGCUUUGCUCAAGAACAGAAAUGACCUCUUCGACAGCAAAGAACCAUGUGAUGGUAUUAAUUUGGUCCACAGUAUCUGGUGCAUCACGGUGAUUGCUGGUGUGCAAACUCAUCUGGAGAACGUUGUGUUCCUACCUAAAGCAUAUUUGGACAACGACGGAUUCAUUAAGAUCGACGGACUAAAAGUUUCUCCUGUCUUGUGGGCGGAUACCAAGACCGAACUUACCUAUGGUCAAAAACGCGACUACUUGAGGAUUGCCGAGAGCGGAUACCAUGUCGAUUUUUCGAGGCAAGUACGAUCUUGGGCCUAUCUAAAGCGUGCAAAACGACCCGGGGAUUAUGAGAGCUUGGAAAAAGCCAUGAUGGCUUAUGUCACGACCCUUGCUCGAGGAUUCUGUGUCGGGUCCCCUGCCUUCGACCCUGAGGAGUUUGUUGUGCUCCGUGAUGAGGCCGCGGAGCGGCGAGACUUUCUUCAUGAUCUGAAGACAGAGAUGCCGAAAGGGACAAAAUGGGCAGAUGAAGUGAUCGAGAGCAUCGAGGAAACUGUGAUAAACGGUGGUUUCGAUAAAGCGAGGGUGGAGCAGUGGCCCGAAGACAAGGUCCUACAGAGGAGGUACCAGAAGCUUGAGUACGGCCGGCAGGAACGCGGAAAAGCUGAUCGAUUGGCCUCCUGGUCGUAUGAAAAGUAUCGCUAUUAUUUGCACUUAUGCAAAGGACGAUCACUCGUCACCGGGAUGAAAGUGACCCUGCCAAGAAAACUGGAUAUUGAUCGCAACAUCGACACUGACAAGUACGAUUUCGAUACCAUCCUACUCAUGGAGAAUGAGAUCAACGUGGCGAAGAAGAGUAUGUCCGAGUUCAAGGACUCAUCUGCAUUCAGACUCUCCAAAGAGUCAUUCAAGCCAAAGUGGGCGGUCAAGAUCUUACGCGCUGAUCUAUGGAAAUUGAUCGAGGACACCAACGCAAUGAAGGAUGGCCAAAAAUCGAUCAAGGAUUUUUUUCCAUUGACCCCUGCUCAUGGAAACUCCGCCAUGCGUGCACUGCCCUUGACAGCAGAAAUCAAUACCCAUGGUCGUCACCCACUGGUGGACAUCAGCAACGACGGCAAGGACGUGGCGCAAAAAAACCCUUUGAACUCAAAGCCCUCCCUCAAGCGGCCCAAGCUCCACAAAUAA